AUGAAGGGAACUGCCAUCCUCAGUUUGAAACCCUGGGGGAAAAUCCACGCCCCAUUGCCUCGGACCCCUAGAGAGUCCCGGCAACUCCUCAACGCCCUUACCUCCUCCUUUCGUCGCCAACUAGACCACGAAUAUCCCGUCCCUCAAGCUUCACCCCCCGCUGCGGUCGCGGAUGCAAAUGGAGGGGAGCCGCAGGGAACCCCGGGGAAUCCCGACUCGUCAGCCCAUGCGACCGACAACCAUCUGCGCACCAUCUUGGACAAUCCUCUGUUUCGAGUAGUCCCUUCCAAAGCGGACGUCCUGCGGGGCCAACCGGGCCCCCCUCGGCUUAAAGAUCAGAGGCUGGCGAAGGAACCCAUGGUGGUCUUUGAUGAAUUGGUCGCGUCGGGUUCCGUCACCAGUGCCGACUUAUAUACCUGUCUCCAGUCCCAGCUAUUGCUCGCAAGCGCUCACACCGGCACGGGCUUUGCCAAGGCGCUGAAAGAAUCCAAGGCAGGCUCCAAAGUCGUCGCCUGGUGGUUGGCGUCGGACUCGGAGGCGCGGAAGCUGUUGUUCAGGUCCCGCAGGUCGACGACGUGUCUGUUGAAGUUUAUGGUGGCAGAAGGGCUGCAGGAUACCGUCUUCCUGUGGCUGAAAAUGAUGGCGAAGCAGGACGUGGGAGGACACAAUGGUCGCAUCCCAGAGGGCGUGGCCCAGAAGUUGUUCAACCACCUGCUGGUCGACCUGGUGACGGCGGAAACACACUACGGGCGCGGAUUGGACACGGCUUUUCGGCAUUAUAUACGGGCUUGUAAAGCGUAUCCGUCUACGAGUUACGGGCUCGCUCAGUCCGAAGUGUCGGUCCUACGAUCGUCGGGCGCUCAUCUGCAUGAAUUGAUGAUGCAGGUCGUUCCCUCCCAGACCAACCAGGUUCUUCCGGCUACAUACGAGGAGUUCGCGGCGAUUUUCUCGACGUUGGCUCCCAGUCCGUUACUAUCCGCCAAGGUGUCCCUCCAUCACCCAACACAACCCGAUCCGCUCCCCUUCGUUGCCUCUGUAGUAGGACUCCCAGCGGAUGGGCUGAGGUCUUGGCCCGAGGCACAGCGAGAUAACCUUAUGCGCUGUGGCUUUGAUGCCCUGCGCAUCUUACUGGACCGGGACCAAAUCAAGACGGCGUCAGAUCUCGCCCGUGCCAUGCAGCGGCUCGUGCCGGCGAAAACGCCCACUUCAGCCCAAGGGUCCAAGACCGCCUUGCAUACGACGGCCGAAGAAGAGCAUUUACUGGCCCGCUUGGAUCUAGCCCUGGCCUGA